AUGUCCGCCUUCGGCCACGCCUUUUGUCUGGGGGAGCAUCACUACGUUAAACUUUUAUGCGCUCAUGCACAAGACGUGGCGGCAAGACGGAGCGUUAAGCGGAUUACGUGUCCUGUCAUCGGCUCUAAAGUAGAGGCUCCAGCGAUUUACGUGUUCUACCAACAGCCCCUCUUCGCAAGCGAUAACGACAAGUCAGCGAAGCUUGCUGGCGGUCGGCAGUCGUGGCAUGAUCGCGUGAGCAUGCUCAAAUCUGGCGAAAGUUGGGGUCGGUUGGGAGCGGUUGCCGUCUCCAGGUCGCCUUACAAAUUCCAAAAGAAAUGCGUUGAAGUUUUGAAUGCAGGCGCCGAAGCAAAGACCAGUACGGUAUGUAUCUAUGUUGGCAGUGGCAUUUGUUUGAGGCCGAACGUUAUGCCAAAGGGUACAGGGGGAGGAAGACAAAGUCGGAGUUCGUCAAAUCAUGCCAAUGUUAAUUUCAAGAGUAUGGGAGUGCUUCUGUCAGCCCAUCGUUGGUGGACGUUUCUUAGAGGAAAGGCUUCUUCUACCUGGUUGACAGCAUCUAGUUAUGUACUUCGCAUGCGUAGACAAACGUUUAGAGCAAAAAUCGAGUACAUGCCUCAACUAUUCACGGCAUCAUCUUCAAUGACUGCUGUCCGACAGACUUCUUGCGUUUGGCGGGCAUGUCGCGGGACCGCUUCCCAGCUGAAGAUGCCUCGCCCUGAAUCGGAUCAAAGGUCUUGUUCUCCGCUCACUGGAAAUUUCUGUUUGCCUCUUGUGAAACCGGGCUCCCCAGUUCCUUCUCCCUCCUGCUCCACUUCAACGUACUCCUCUUUCUCACCAUCUCAGAACAUGACCCUGGCUCCAGAUAUUUCCCUGAGCAGCGGGCCCACUUCGCCGCUGAAGCCACGCGGAGAAACGAGCUCCUAUGUGGGGGCUACGUGUCGUGGCUAUGGAGCAAACCUGGAGUCAUCCACAGCUGGAGAAGAAAAUAUGGAAGACUUAAAUAUAUGA